CGCAAGAUCGGACGGCGUCGCGCGUUGCAUCGAACUUUUGCUCCAUAUAUCACCUGAACUAGCGAAGCCUAAAAAACGCCUCAACUCGCGAGUCACGACUGUUUACGACGCCUCUAGGGUUUGUACCACCGCCGCCGCCCCUCCGACGGUGCCGGCCGCCGCUUUGAUAGUUUACAUUCGUUGCGUGAUCUUGCUUCGUCAUUCUUUUCUCAGCUACUUCGGCGACGUUCAUCCCCUCCCGCAUCAACAGCCUUGCCGCCAAGCGCCACGAACCAUGGAAGCUCAGACCACCAAGCUUCAAAAUCUCAACAUAACCACAGAUGAGACGGACGAUGACGCCAAGGCGUUGCAGCAUCUUCACUUAACCAGCGAUGUGGAAACAGAGUCCGAUGCCAUAUUCGAAAGGGAUUACAUUGUUGACGAUGAUGAUGAUUACGAUGACGAUUAUGAUGAUGAUUAUGAUGACGACGACGAUGAUGAUUACGAUGAGGAUGGUGAAGACUUAGAGCCUCGAGUAACCUUAGGUGUCUUAGGGGAGAGACCACAAAACUGGCAUUUUUUUCUUCCCCAGCACUUCCCCAGUAAAGCUGGCGGUGCCCCGGCCUGGCUUGAUCCUGUCAAUUUGCCAUCAGGAAAAUCCAGCUGCUGCGACUUCUGCGGCGACCCACUGCGUUUCGUCCUGCAGCUUUACGCACCCCAUGAGUGGAAGGGAACAGGCUACCACCGCAUGUUCUUUGUGUUUAUGUGCCCAUCCAUGUCAUGCUUACAACUAGACCAGCAUGAGCAGGGGAAGGACAGGGCAGCAAAUCCUAGAAGAAGUGUGAAGGUCUUCCGGUGCCAGCUGCCCAAGGAUAAUGAGUUUUAUGCAGCUGAAGAACCUAAGGGGUGUGUCGGAUCACAAUGUUCAGGAGGAGUCCAUAUUUGGCUUUGUGAUUGGUGUGCUACAUGGAAAGGUGAAAACUUUUGCAGCCACUGUGGGAACACAAGAUACUGUUCUAGGAAGCAUCAGGAAUUGCAUUGGCGCGCUGGUCACGAGAACGAUUUAUGUCGAAUACCCAGUUCACCCGAUGGUUCUAUUCUUCCAGGCGCAGGGAAAGUAUUUCCUGGCCACAGAUGGCCCGAAUAUCUGGUGGUUGGUGAAACCGAGCCCUCUUCUUCGACUAGUUCUGGUGAUGAUAAGUCGGAACUGAUGGGUGUGCAAGGACAAGUCGAACCAGAUGUCAUGAUGCAAGCAUUUAUGGACCACUUUGAGGCUGAUGAAGACAAUACAUGCUGGGCAUCUUUCCGAGACCGUACUGAAAGAAAAGGAAGUCAAGUAUUGAGGUACCAUAGGAAGGAAGGUGCAGAACCUCUUUGGGCAGUAUCAUCUGGGUCUCUAUCAGAGGCUGAUAUUCCAUCGUGCAUCUAUUGUAAUGGCCCGCUUGGCUUUGAAUUUCAGAUAAUGCCACAGCUGCUCUAUUACUUCCAUGUUGAAAAAGAACCAGACCCCCUUGAUUGGGCAACAAUAAUUGUGUACACAUGUCGAGAUUCAUGUGAUGGAAGUGUUAGCUACAAGGAAGAAUUUGUACGUGUUCAGUUCUCUCCUUAGCCAGCAGGCCCUCAACACCGUCAUCUCAUUUGAAAGGUUUUGUGUGUGGAGCUAUAGAAGAGGAUGUUCACUGAACUUGUGUAACUUUCAUGUACCUGGAGCUGACAGAAAUGUAACCGCUAUUUUGCUACC